UGUAACAGCAGACAAACCACCAGCGACCCGCAGAUUUCAAGGGAGAGAAGAGGAGAGAUAUUUGCCGAGACCGACGUAGACACGAGCUAACCCAUGGCGGAAAAGCCCCGAGCGUACUCUCUCACGCAACUGUCACACGCUCCUUUCUCUAUUUACACGCUUCUAUCUUCUUCUUCGCCUUCUGUCCCUCUUUUCACCAUUUCCUCUUCUUGAUUCUCUUCCUGUCCCUUUUUCUGUUUCUCCUUCUAAGUUCAAAACCAUCUAUCUGUCUCUCUAUUCCUGAGCUUCUGAAUUGAUGGCGAUGCGUGGAGCUGGUUUGACCACUAGCCCGGACUGUGUUGAAGUGAAAUGUUUUAGUGAAAAUUUGUCGACAAGACUGAUUAGGCCUAGUUCCAUCAUACGUGUAAAGCGCAGCUCUGCUAUUUCUUAUAGAAGAAGAGAAUUCUGGAAAGUGAGAUGCUCAUUGUCGAGUAAAGCUGUGUCCCCACUGGAAUCAGAAGACAAUGCAAGCGAUGCUUUAACGGAUUCCAUGGAGGAAGAAUCAGGGCAUGUUAUUAGGUUCAAGAUGUCUGAUUUUAAACUACUUGAUCGUAUCAGUACUGGCCUUGGUGGACGGUCGGAUGAGGUAGUUUAUGAAGCUAUAGUGAAGGAUUCUAAUAGCCCUUUGUAUAACACGAGAGUUGUGCUUCGACAAUUUUUAAGUGCACAAGCUCAGCGCAGAGGAAAGCGAGCAAUAGAGGUUUUGAAGAAGCUGGUCCGUCGCAGACUUCUUUACCAUUCCUAUUCAAUGCAAGUCCAUGGUUAUGUUUGUUCAUCUGCAUCUAGUGGCCUUGACUUGUUUACCUUGGUUCAUGGGUAUCAUGGAAGUUUUUCCUUAAGACAUUGGCUUCAACAGUCAGAUUGGCUUCCUACCCUGGAAGUUACUCUUGCAUUGGAUGAGGAAUCUGUCAAGAGGGUGGGAGAUGAUACAGUUGGAGGACCGGCAGUCUCUCGCCAGUUGCGAAUCAUACGUAUAUUGAUGAGGGAUCUUUUGAUCGGAGUGAAUUAUUUGCACAGUCAUGGACUAGCCCACACAGAGUUGAGGCUGGAGAAUGUUCAUAUAAGCCCAGUUGAUAGACAUAUUAAAGUAGGGAUACUUGGGAAUGCGGCUGACUUUUAUGAGGAUGGUCCAAACAGUAAUUCACUGGACAACUCCAUGGACCGGCGACAGAUGAUGAUUGCAUUUGAUAUGAGAUGUGUUGGAUUCAUGAUGGCAAAAAUGGUGCUACGAGAACUCAUGGAUCCCUUAAUCUUUGCAAGGUUUAAAUCAUUCCUCAUAAAGGGAAAUGACCCUUCAUGCUUGCGGGAAUUUCUAUUGCAAACACUGAGUAGGAAUUCUUCAUCUGGUAGUGUUGGACUCCAGAUACUCGAUCGGAAUUGGGGUGCAGGAUGGAACCUUCUGUCCCUAUUACUUGCAACCAAACCUUCAGAAAGAAUAAGUUGUUUGGAUGCUCUGAGACACCCAUUUUUGUGUGGACCUAGAUGGCGGGUUGUCCCGUCCAUGGAUAUCAUUAGAUGGGGCCUUGGUUCCACUGCAGCACGCAUUUCAGAAGAAUACAUUUACAGCCAGCCUCAGCGUAAUAGGCUUGCCUACUUCAUUGAAUUGAUGGAGAUGCUGAAUCCUCAUUCAAAGCCAAAGAAUUGGUUGGAGUUGCUGCCAGGAAAAUGGCGCUUGUUAUACUGUACAGGGAGACACAUAGGCUUAACCCUUCGUCAGCCUUCUGCUCGUGUCCUCAUUGGAGAUGCUAAUCUAACUAUUUCAAGAGCAUCAAAGUCAGAGACUAGCCUUUCGUUUGCAUCUGAUGUUGGCUUCACAGUCAUGGUUGGUCAUGAUUGGCCGCAUGACAAGACUGGCGUAGUUGGGAAAUUAGAAAUAGACUCUGUAUUCAGAUUAACAUCAGGGAAACGGUUAUAUCUCAAGAAAGAAAAGACAACUGAAAAAUUCUCAUUUGGAGAGUCAAGCAAUUUGGAUUCUCUGUUUCAGAAACAAACAGGUAGAAAAUGGAGGAAAGCAAUUCCUUUUAAGGAGUUCCCAUCAAGCCUUCCAGUGGCCAAGCUUGUUUCAGGAGACAUAGAGGUGACAAUGAAUCUCGGAGACCCAUUAAAUCAAAAUGUUGUUACUGCAAGAAAUAUAAUUCAAGAAGUUCGCACACAAAUACCUCCAGAAAUGUUUGAUCUGUCAAAGCUUGUAUGUGGGACAUAUGUGGACUCGAGGCUUCUAGUUCUUCGCGGGAUGAAUGGGUCAGCUCUGCUGUUUACAAGGUCUUGUUUUGAUGAAAAAAUGUAGAUAAAGAUAACAAUUGCCGUUUUGGAAAGUGUAAUAAUCUGUGUUAUAUUGUCUGAUUGUACAGUCUGUAAACAGGUUUCUUAUCUGAUUCAAGGUAUGUAAAGCUAAUUCCUUUCUGGAACAGACUGUAUAGGAUCGAUGUUUAGUGUAUCCCGUGAGAUGCCUUAUACCAUAUUUAUAUUUUCUUAAAGAAAAAGUGUGAAAUUAUAAUAUUUCUGUAAA